UCUUAACUUUAUUCUAGCAUUUAUUCCAUGGAGAUAAAAUGUAUUAUGAAAACAUGAAUGGAGUGCUUUUAAAAGACAUUUUUCAUGGCAAGUGAGGAAUUGAUUUGAGCCAAUUUUUCUCGUAUUCAACUGUGAAAUAUAAUCCAAUAUAACAGCAAUGUCAUUAGAUCUCUCAUCUGAGUGUGAGUGUCCUAAUUGUUUGGAGGGUCCUCCGAAUGAGUCUGAUUGGAACACCUGUUCCAACGAGAGUGGUAAUGGCUCUUUACAUUCAAGAUCAAGGAAGAAAUCCAUGCUUUCUUCUAGCAUGCAGUGCUUUCCUUCUCAGUGUUGUCCCACCAAGCCAGAGAGUGGUAACAAAGAAGACUCAGCAGUUCCUCCCUCAGAUGAGGAAAGCUAUGUGGGGUAUUCUCAAAACAAUCAUCUAAUUUUGAGCCUUGAGGAUAUCAAAAGGAAAAUCAAGCCAUUGAGAGAGUGGACUAUCCAUGAGUUACUGAGGGAGUUUGGGGAUAGUGGGAAGUUCCAACCAAACUCCAUGUCUCUGAGCUACUUUAGAGAUCAGGUGGUUAUGAAUUUCAGAAGAGCUCUGUAUUAUUCUGGAAUUUGGGUGACGCAUAUUCGAGGCUACAAACCUCAAAAGCACUUUACAGCUAAUUAUUUUAAAAGAAACCCAGGUUGCCUACACUGGCUUGUUCCCUGGCUGAAAGGGGAACUAACAGCUGUUUAUGGAGAUUAUGGCUACACAGUGAAGAACAUCCUAAUCACCAUCCUCCAUCACAUGACAGAAUAUGACUUGGACAGUGAGUCCUUCAUUCACCUCCUGGAACCUUAUCUCUUACAACACACCCACCAUUUCCUACAUGAGUUUAUUAGUUUUGUUCAGUCACCUUACAACAGGGAGACCUAUGACCAGCGAGCCAUCUAUCAAUGCUCUGCUGCUUCACCAUGUGUAAACAAGAAGCCCCUUGUAUCAGCUCCUGUUUCACCUCUGCCUAAGGAUCACACUCUACUGAUAUCUCAACAUAAUACAAAGCAGUCUAAAAAUACCCAGGGUCAAUGGAAUAAAGAGGAGAGGCCCCUGUCAGGCUUGAAACAGUUUCCACAUGGUAACUCUUCCUUGAAGAAAUCUGAAAUCCCACCAGUCUGUGAUAAAACAGUAAGCAAAAUCUAUGGUGGAAUCAAAGACAAAGCAGAAUCAGGUGACCACGAAAGCAUCAUUUCUAUGAAUAAUAUACUCCAGAAGUGGGCUACUCCAAGGGAAAGGUGCCCAGGCCUACUGAAUUGCAAAAAAAAAGUUCAAGAGAAAAAGACAGAAGGGAUAAAGUUGUUUCCUGAUCAUGUCCAUGAUCUGGGAAAUGACACAACUGCACACACCUUCAGUACCCCAGCAAUUUCUAGUCAGGUGCAACCACAGAAAUAUAGUUUAAGAGAAAGAAAGGAUUUGAGCCUUGGCCAGAAGAUAAACUUUCAGAAAAAAGAAGAAGACAAUAACAAAUACUCAGAUUCUUCACCAAAGACCUUUCAAAGAUUGUCCAGAGAAAGAUCCUUGAAAAGUUGCAAAUCCAGAGAGAGAGACCCCUCUUGGAGUUGCAUUUCAGAAAAUGCCUUUUCUCCUAAGAGAAGGAAACUGAGUUCUUUCAGAAAAAAGAGGAUGAAGUGUAGACAACCCUCCCAAUCUGUAGAAAUUGGGUCACGCUCCAGGAGAAGAAUCCAAAGACGAUCAAGGUCCAAUACUCACAGAUCCAAAUCCUGGUGUGUUGGAUCUAGAAAGAGAUCUGUAAGCAGAGAAUCAAGUAAUCUCUCUCUGAGAGGAAGUCACAGAAGUGAACACUUCACCCAGAAUAUAUGCUGUGAGCCCUCAAAAGACAAGCAUGCCCAUGGCAAUGAAUCAGACUGUGGGAGGCCAUCUUCAACCACAGUCCAAUACGUGAAGCUUUCUUCAACUGCUGGGAAGAGACCCAAGUGUCCUUCUAAAAGUGAAGGUACUUCCCAAGCAGGAAGUACCAGCUUGGGGGCUUCUUGUUUACACAUGGUGAAGCAGCUCCAGAAACACAGAUCCCCAAGUAAACAGGAGAUAAAGCAAGAAAUUACAUUUCCUAGAGCUAGAAGAACCAGAGCAGUUAGGCACAGAAAAACCAAAUGCCAUUAUUCAGAUAUACACACCACAGAGGAUGUCAGUGAUGAAUUGGGCAAUCUGGAUGAUAUAAGACAAAUGAGUGGUCUGAGUGUGCACCCUCCUGCAGGAGGCAAAUCCACCAAAAACAGCAUUUGAAUCUUCAGAAUAUUCACUGGGUCAAGAAAGAAUACAAAAGAGACAUACUAUCAGAAACAUUGGUGCAAAUUGUUUUAAAAGUCAAAUCAGCCUACUAAACUAGCCACCAAGCUAGUUAUUCAUACAUUCAAAGAGUAUGAAUAUAAUCUAAAAACAUUACUGAAAAGAUUUAUCACAUCACUUUAUAACUGAAAGUAAAA